GCGUCUCCCGCGGCUGAUCCGUUGCUGCGGCUGCAACCGCUCCUGAGUCCUCCCGGCGCCGCCGCUCGCCUCGGCUCCUGCAGGGCGCCCCGCCCCCGCCCGCGCCGCCCCAGCAGCACGAGGGCCGGGCACUCCGAUCUGCUCCAUCCCGUCGAAUGCAUAAAAUGACUACAAUAACUUCUGCAACAGGAACUACAGAAGUGGUUUGUGCCAGAAGAACCGAGUCAAAUGACAUUCCUGGUAUUGUCAGCCUUGUCAGCUAUUCUACAGAAAUUUAUUUUGGAAGGAUUAAUGUUGUUUAUCUUUUGGAAAAGGCAAAUCUUGCUGUGACGCUCAGUAAUGAGAAGAAUAAAGUUCUUGCCCAUGCUGCAUUUUUCGACUACCCAAACUGGAAUGUUGUUGAUCAGGCUGAUUGGGAACCAUUCUUACAUCAAAAUUACAGUAACAGCAAAUGCACGCCUCUGAAUACAUUGUUUAUGCAUUUUUUUGUGGCAAAAGAGGAAUAUGCAGUUGGAUGUUGCCAAGAAAUUAUCAGGACCGUGUUUAAUGCAGUACCAGAAUUGCACUUUAUACUCCUCUUCAUACCAAGUCAGGAGGAAUUGGGCUCAGGUUUGGCAACCAUUUUUGAGGAGAUGGUGAGCAUUCCAGAUUCAACACUUGACAUGGACUUCACUUUGUUUGUCUGCCAUAGGCACCAGUAUGGUCCCCUGCUGUAUAUUCGUAAAGCAAGGGUGGAAGAUCAUGAUGAUCUCAUGCCUAUCUUCAUGCGCCAUAGUGAAACUCUGAGAGAAACCUAUGGAGAAUACUUCCUUGCUGAGAUGAUAGAAGCUCAAGAUGAAGACAAUCAUGCUGUGGUCUGUGAGGAUAAUGGUGCUGCAGUAGGGUUCAUGUGUGUGUGCUCUCAAGUGAAUAUACAGUUGCUUCACGAGUGUUUUGACCUGGCGACUUUCCAUGGACUCUGCAAACCCCAUCCUGAUGAUGUUCUCAAACUACCACAGGAGCCAAGUAUUGAAACAGAUAAAGAUAAAAGCAGCCAAACAAGUCAACGAGCAGAAUGUGUUUUCUCUCAAAGCUCUGAAUGUAUUAGUGCUCAUGAUAUGGAUAUUCAGAUUGAUGCCAAAACUGAAGAUGUGCCUCCCCAAGCCUUGGAUACUGUUGCGACACCAUCUCCAACUGGAAGUGUUCAAACUAAUGUGUCAGAGAAGGAUGGAACAAACAUUGUUUCCAAUGCUGAAUUGCCCUUAGGUGAUGUCACAGGCACAGAUUUUAAAACCACUGGGAUACCUACCCUGGAGACUGAUGAGGAAGAUGCCUUUCAUCCUGUGUACAGAGGAGCUGUAUCUGCCUUCUGCAUUCAGCUGUUUUGUAUUGAUGAGAAACAUGAAGCAAGGUCAAUGGAUUUCUUACAUUUCAUUUUCAACCUUUUCCCAGACAAAGAUUUUUGCAUCAUCACUGUGCCUCAUCUUGUGCCAGAAUUUCUGCUGAUCCAGAAUUUUGUCCGAGUUGUUCCUUUCAGAAACUCUACUCUUGACCAGGAGCUCUAUGUGUUUCAUCGGGCAGGACUGCUCAAGUCAUUUAAUGUAAGAAGAGCCACAACCAGUGAUCUCCCUGCUGUUGAAAUGCUCAUUAAAACCCUUGACUUGAAUAAAAGUAUACUAGAUGACUUAAGGAUCUUCACUCUGGCUCGCAGAGAUCCAGAUGGGACACCAGUCCAGGCAUUUGUAGCAGAAGUUUCGGAUCAAAUAGUUGGUGUGUCUGUUGUCAGAAAUGAAAUGGAUAUUGAAUAUAUCCGUUCACAUUACAACAUUGAAGAUUUUAUUUACUUUAAUCAUCACCAGAAGGAAGAACAUGGCCAUCUUUACCACUUUGCUCUAAAUUCCAUAUUCCAUCAUUAUACCAAAUAUUUUUUGAAGGAAAUCCUCCGCUUAGCCUACAAAUCUUGUCUUUAUUACCCUAUUUAUCCACAGUCUGAAGAAGGCAAGUUUCAGAAUCCCUAUGCCCAUUCCCUGACAUCUGCCCUUCAUUACAUGGUUCCCGUGCGACCAAGACGACAGAUUGUCUAUCCUCUGGAAAAGCUUGGCAUAAACGCUCCAUCAAAGCAGGUCUCCAAGGAUCAGUUAAGCUACUCUUUGAACCAUAUAAAUCGAAAACUGACAUUAGAACCGAAAGUAUCUGUCAAUGCAAGAAUUGUAGUAGUGGGGGCAUCCAAUGUUGGAAUCUCCUUCCUGGAAACGCUGAUUUUUUGUCCACACCUGAAGUUUAACAAUCUGACCUUGAUUUCAACUCAUGGGCUUCCAGGAAAAAAUCUACCAGACUUGAAGUACAGAAGAUUUUUAAUUAACAGCCACUGUUUUAAUGAUAAAGAUUAUGCACUGAUGUCACUUUGUUCCUGGGUUAAUGUUGUGGUUGGUAAAAUGACUGGCAUAGACCGAGCUGCCAAACAUGUAGUGGUUUCCAAGGGGAAAAAAGUGCCAUAUGACCACCUUGUUCUCUGUACUGGGCAGCAAUAUCAGGUCCCAUGUCCCACUGGAGCAGAUAUCAGUAAACUCUUGACUAACAGAGAAGUCACAAAGAGCUAUAAGCAAAGAUAUACAGGCAAAGUUCCUACCAAUCUCUUUAUUCUCCAUGAUGAUCAAGACUGCUUAAAGGCCGCACAAUGGCUAAAAGAAAACUUUAUCAAUCUGGGAGGGAAUGUCAUUGUCUAUGGGAAUACAAUUGACACUUACACCACAGUAGAAACCCUCUUAUCUCUUGGAAUUAAUGGUUCUCGCAUACACCUCAUACAACCUCCACUUAGCUCAAAUGUUACUUGCCUUAACAACAAUGCAAUCGAAAGAGCUGUUAAAGAAGCACUGUCAAUGGCUGAUGUGUCUGUUUAUUAUGACAGUAUACUGGCACAGUGGAAUGAAGGCAGCCACCCAGACCCUAUAACGUGUACUUCUUUCACUACUAAUACAAAACCAUUUAAAUUGCAGUGUUCGGCAUUCCUUAACUUUUCCCACAAGGGAGUGGAUUAUGAAACCUUCAAGGCAAUUAAUGAGGCAUGUCUUGUUUAUGAUGGAAGACUUGUGAUUGAUACCAAUUUCCAUACUAAUGACAUUACUAUCAGAGCCGCUGGUCCUUUAACCAAGUUCUCAAAUAUAUAUUAUACAAAUGAAUGGACACACAGCAAUUUCAGUUCAAAAGAGAUUGGCUUCCAGCUUGCUGCAUCUAUAUUGAAUCUCUUUGAUCCAACUCUGGAGCCAGUUUCUGAGCCACCAGAUGAUAUGGAUAGACUCAUCCCAAUGUACAAGGGAUGUAAAAUUCAAGGAGGUGUUCUUCCAGGAGGUUAUAAUUACUUGUAUAUUUCCAAACCAGGAACCCCUACACGUUUGGAUGUGCAAAUUACACAACUGAAUUAUGGGAUGGAAAUUAUAACUGGAGAAGCAAUACGUGGGAAUUACUUCAGGAUACACAUCAACCAAUACGGCAUGGUAGAAACCAUUACCUGCUUUUCAAAGAAGCCCUUCCCUGUCUCCAACUAUAUAUGUUUGUUUGGACAGCAUGAGCGUGUUCUUAACAAUCUUUGUUCUCGCUGGAAAGAGGGAUUGAUUUCUGACCUCUACAGCUACUUCAGCGAGUCUUGGUCCCUGGCCAUCUAUCACGAUCGGUUUAUUGAUCUUAAGAAAGAACUGCGCCAAAUCCUAACAUCCAAGCAGGGGGAUGGCCUUCCUUCGCUGGAACAGCUAGCUUGCAAGAUAGUGGAUGGGGAACUUCACCUUUCCGAGAAGCCGAAGAAGUACCUGAAAAGGUUUUUUCAGCAAAGCAUCUACAAGAAGCUGGUGGAGGAAAGCAUCCUCAGUUAUCUGAACUACAACCGUUACCACUUGCCUAUGUACGCCUGGCCUGGGAUUGUUUAGUGAGGUCUUAAGACAGCGGCGCUUUUCGCACUCUGGGGAUCUGCUCAAAAAAGAAAAAAAAAAGAAAAAAAAGAAAAAGGUUUUAACUUUUGUACCUAAAAAAGAAGUCCGUCCCCCAGGGAUGAAACCAUUGGACUGCGCUUUCCCAGGGCACAGACAGCUCUCGUGCCGCCGCCCGCUCUCACUUUUAGAUGCAAUCUCUUUUCUA